AUGGCAGAGAUUUCUCAAUUACUAUCGCAAUAUCAACAACAGUUAAACCAAGAUGGUGGAUCAGGUCAAAGGUCAAACCAGCCAGUGUCCAUGAUGACGGCAUCUAGUAAUAUAACAUCAAUGCUUGUUUCAGCUUUAAAUAAUUUACCUAGAAAUCAGAAUGGUGGAAAAUCAAAACCUAGUGCUAAACUUUCACCGCGAUCAAAUCCACCUAAAAAACCUACAACACAAAAACCAUCUACAUCAGCAACUAAGGAUACACAUCAUGAAGUAAAAACAGAAGGACCCAAGAAAACAGAUAAAAAGACAGUAGCUGUUAAACCUCAGAAAAAUAAAUUCUGGAAAUGA